GCCUGGCAGAGAUGGUCAGCUAGCCGAUGGUCUAUCAGGCUCCUGUACCCUCCUAGACGUUGGGGCUUCUGAGGGCAAGGGUAGCCGUGCUCUGGUCAUGACUCAAAGCUUGGUCGAUCGUCCAUGUAUAUCAUCCGUGAGUAUUGCCGAUCCAGAAUCGGACUGUAUCGAGGUCAUGGCAUCACCUCAAGUGUCAUGGAAU